UCAGGCCUGAUAUGUAUUCUGUAGUGUAACGUGAUGCAAAUUGCAAACCUGAUUUGUAACUUUACAAAAUUUCGGAUACAUACUCGACAUAUCUGCUAAAAUGUAUUUAAGAAUCGAAAGAUUAGGCCUCUUAUUUGCUAUCCUGGUUUUGUAUUCUAUACCAAAGUGCAUAAAAUGCAAUUUAUCUCCUAUUUUAAUGUCAAAUGACUCAAUCAUCUACCCUAUGGACUGUAAUUACAAAAUAGUGAGUCUUGACUCUAACACAUCCACUAAAGUAAGGAUUGAAGGGGUGAAUUUCAGCAACACCUCAUUCCUGAUAGUGCAAGCACAUUCUCAAAGCCGCUACAUCCUUCUCUCUAGCCAGCCUGAGCUGGUGGCAGGUAACUAUACCAACGCCACAAACGCUGGUCUGUUUGUGCCUCUGAACGCCUCCCGGCCGCUGCCACCACUUGUGUACAUCACCAACGCUCACCACGCUGUGCUGCAGGUGCUGCUAUUAGUGCGCCCCUACACCAACCGCGAUCCUAUCCCUGGAGGGGCUGCCGCUUCCCCAAUGCCUGAGCCAUACUUGCAGCUAUUCCCCAGCAUCCUCACUACAUUAGUUACGGUUCCUCCCGCUUCCCCAUCUCUACGCGCCUUUAGUGGGGAAGAUAACGCGUCGUGGGACAACUCCCCGCGUAUUAAAAUCCACACGAAGACCGCAGUUAAAACCAGUGUGGAAAAAUCGGACAGUCUGAUUAGUGAUACUGCGGAACACAAGAGCUUUAAUGCGACACAAGACUCGUCUCUCAUCUCUCAUUUGUUUAGCUUUGUGACCAAAAAAAUUAAGUCUGGUUUUCGAAAUAGCAACGAUAGUCAUGACUCCAUCGAGUCUCUAACCCGGAGUUCUCAAGUAAAUUUUUCCGGGAAGCAUAUUUUCAGCAGCGACUCUAGAAACGAGAAAUCUGCAGAACGUAAAUUGAGAAACGACGUAACUACGGAGGCCAUAUCACCUUCUAGUACGGCAGCAGUGACGACGAACAGCAUCUUGGACGAUGGUGAGAGUGGUCAGACGAAGUUGUUGUACGAGGUGUACUUGUCGUACAUGUACGAAGGUGACAUGCAGGAGGAGCAUUACUGGCGUACUGUCGUGGAGACGAGUUCACCGCAACUGCUGCGAGCGCGUGCCCUCAAGGUGGCUUCGUUUCUGUCGGAUUCAAACGACACGUCGUCGCCUCCGUCAUACUUGUUCGUUUCGUACUCUGGUGUAGGCGCCGUCAUAAGCGUGCUCGUGACGAACGUGCGUGUUGCCAACACGUCUGCGCACGACGUGUUGCGCCUCACGAACGGGUCCCUGUACUCCUCGUCCGUAUCAUACGGAUGUGACUUCAUUCCUGACGAACAACAUCGCUGCACGAAACUGGUUGACCCGCUGCCGCAGAUGUUCUGUGCAAGUCUGCUGUUCGUGGGCCUGGUGCUGUGCUUCGUGGGUCACCGCUGGCUUAACUUCACGAUGUUCACCGCAGGCUUCUUGGGCGCGUGGUUCAUUCUCUUCGUUACCUUCGUGCACGUGCCCAAAGCUGACCUCCACAUGCUGGCACUAGGCACGUUCGAGUACAGCCUGGUGUGUGGGGUGCUGUGGCUGCUGCUGUGGCACAAGCUGCAGCGGCCCUUCGUGUCUGCUCUCCUCGUCAUCCUCGAGGCCGGUCUGCUUACUGCCAUGACCACCACACACUUCCUCAAAUACGCGCUGGUGCCGACACCUUCUAAUGUUGCGGUGUUCGUGGUAAUCCCGGUGCUGUUCGCGCUCUGCCUCGUCGCCUACUCCUUCAGGAACAUCAAGGCCGUUCACAUCUUGUCGUGCGUGUUGGUUGGCUCGUACGCCGCUACCGUGCCGCUCUCCUUCUACUUCGGCUGCACCCUCAACUACAUCGCCAUCAACGCCGUGGCCGCCAUGACCGUCCCUGGCUACACCGCCGCCAUAGGCUUCCCGCCCUUCCAGACUUGUGACAUCGUCCUGCUGACGCUGUGGUUCACCAUCCUAAGCACUGGCCUUGCUUAUCAACGAUACCGAGAGCGACACUCGCCUCCCUUCCCGCCGCCUAACCUCCAAUACUGGCGAGCUGCUCGUAGGGCUGGAGCUUUCCUCUACACCCAAGCCUCGGCUUGCUUCUACCGAACACUGAGGCGGGCUCCUCCUGACGGUGGAAGUUCCUACAGCAAUGUCUACUCUUCGGAAGAGCACGUGGUUGAGAACGGCAACGGAGUGGUGCCAGAGCAGCCUCCGCCGCAAAACGAAGAAGUGGAGACAAAUAUACGGGACGAGGAAGGGUUUUUAUCGUCUAGUGUUCGCUCCAACCUAAAUUCAGCCAAGAAUUGGAUCACCAGUGUUAUGGGCCUAAGGAACAGAUCGCCCUUCCCGGACUAUCAUUCGUUUCCCAGGCAUCCCACUGAAGACCUUGAUGAAGCAGAUGACGUAGAAGGGACGUUGCAGCAAAAUAUUGACGUGCCGGACGAUCCAUGCUUGUCACUUCCUUCUGGUCCCAGCACGAGUCUUUGGGCUAGAGCCGCUCAGACUUGGACUCGGGUGAAGUCAACUGUGUCGGAGAGGUUUAGGAUACCCAGGCUUUUCAGACCUAGACCUUUGGUCCCGGACUGCCCCGAUGACGUCGUCUCGUCCGGCAGCUCGGAAGGCGAAGUUGAUCGUCGUGCCGAUGGAAUUUUCGGCGAAGCUGAGACUCCGGGCGAUGUCAGUGACCGAGUCUUCGCUAACGCUACCGACGAAGACUUGGCUGACGGAGGACGAGAGAGUUUCCGGUCCUCUCAACUAACAUUCCAGCGCUUGUGAGGGCGUGUAGCCCCUUGAUCUCUGUGCACAACUUGAUUUUAGAUUACGUAGUGUUAAGCAUUUUCAUUUGUACUUGAAGUACUAGUAUUGACAAGGUCACCUUUACUUGCAGUGCCAUUUAUUUUUGCAGUUGCAUUGGUAAGGUAUUAUUCAUCUGUAAUUGAAGAACCAUUGACAGGGUAUCCAUUAGUACUUGCUUGCCAUUGUCAAGGUAUCCUUCUGUACUGCAGAUGGGGUACCAUCGACAAGGUAUAUUUGAGCAGACUUUUCACUGACAAUAGAGCGAUGGUUCCACAAGACCCAAGUUGUGGCUUUUAAUUAAAUGGCCUAAAUGGCUUUAAAUGCCACAAUAAAUGUAUGGAUGUCAGACAGUUUGGUAAAGCUACUGGUAUAUACACUGAACUUCCUGUUGGAUUAAAGGUUAUCGAAUUGUUGUAAGUAAAUUUUACGCUCGAAUGCGUUUUCUAGAAAUGCUCUUCAAGCGAGGAUGUUGUUUUUAAGAUUCAGCGACAUUUUAGUGCGAGAUGGAUGUGCGUACCAUAAAAUGGGUAAUAAAUGACGGGAAAUUUUCAAUAUUAAAUGAGGAAAUGUUACUGCAGACCGCUAAAUUACGUAUGACGUUAGUGGUAAAUCGUUGACAUUUGCUCUCUAUUUCUCGUAUCCUGCCAACGUUCGCACGUCCGUACAAUUUCUGUCGUGAUGUCCUCUAUACAUUUUCACCGUCCUGAGGAAGUAUAGUGUCCUGGGAGUUGGCUUAUACGUUUAACAUUACAAGGAAUUUUCUGAAAGCUUUCAUCGCCUUUCUCCUUCCAUAUCUCUUUACUCGGGAUGCUUCAAGGUGAUAAUCUAAUAUUACAAUUAGGCCAUUCGAUCUAUUUUUUUAACAGAUGUUCAUAUUUGAACAACUGCUCAUGCACUUUUGUCACUUUUGAACUGCAGGAGCAGCAGGGCAUUACGAUGGGUAUAUAAUUUUUUGAAGUUCAAAGAAAAAUAAUAGUGGUAAUAUAAUAAUAGUGAAGUCCACAACGUCAUUAGGAGAUUUCACAAUACCAAUGCUGUGAUUGAUCGUAGGAACUUCAAUAUAUUAAUGGACUGGUAUCAAGAAUAUUUUUCAAUGUAAUCUAUUUUCGUCACCACUUACGUUAAGUGAUUGAAAUGCUAGGAAGUUUUCAAGGCCAUUACCGUUCAAGCGCAUAAAAGACGAGUAUAAUUUAUGUGUGUUCAUCAGUUGCGUAUUCAGUUGCGUAUUUUAAAGAGGCUUGGGUUCACAAAUUUUUCAAGCAAAUUAUAUCCUUUGAACGUCAAACGCUCAGCCUAUUUUAGUUACUAGCUUGCGAUGAUUUUUCUUAUGAAAAAUUGAAAUUUUCCUCUCUCUUGUGUCAUAUAAAAUAAAUUGUAUUAUGAAUGUAUCAUUGUAUUCAUAAAAGUCGUGAAGUUGAAGACUGAAUAAAAUGUCUACCUAUGAAGCGUUGCUGUCACUGGGGGAAAAUGAGGGAUUCUCAUUGCGCUGCUCUUCGGCUGUGAUGCUGCAUGAACAUUGCAUUAAACAUCUUGUGCUUCAUCACUCACUCUCACCACUCCCUCAAUAAUGACUCUCACCACUUACUUCCAUCUCUCACUCAAUUAGCACUCGCAUCAUUCACUCUCACCACUCGCUGUCAAUACUCCCGCAAUAAGCACUCUUACCGCACACAUCACUCUCAAUACUGGCACAAUAAACACUCUCAGCACUCACUCCCAUCACUCACUAUCAAUACUCGCUAAAUAGCACUCCCAAUACUCAGUCAACAAACACUCUCACCUCUCACUCUCAAUA